AUGACUGUUCAAUUAUUUGAGCCCUUCCUUUUUUACUGUGUCAACGAGACGGCUGGGGCUGAUGAACAGUGGGAUCGCGCCCGGACCUCGACGUCUCAUGACGCGGUCCGCACCGCAACGGUUGUGUCUCGCCCCGGCCAGCCAGAAAGGCAAGAUCAAUCACGAAGCAAAGGGCAGCUUUUGUUGCGAGCUGUCCGACGGCUUGGGCCCAAAGAGUAG